GAAAAAGAAAAUUUUGGAGUAAAAUUCAUACUGUUUUAUAAGUAUACCUAUACACGAGGCUUGUGGAAUGUGGACCUUGUGGUUGCAAGUUUUGUUAUUGUCUGUCAUGUGCGGGCACGGGCAGGUCCAGAGAGAUUUUGUUUGCUGCUUGUUAAAACCUGUGCUCUCUACUUCAAUAACUAAUCGAGUGCCAUAGGAUGGUGUAAUUAGUGUAUAUAUUUGCCAAAAAAAAAAAAGACUAAAGGGUUGAUUCCUUUUGAAGAUAAGAUAAUGGAAAUGCUGAAUGAGUUUUGUCUCAGUGACGGCCUCAAUUUUCCCUCUAAUGAGCCACAGACUAAGCAGAACUACAAGCCGCCUGUAUGGACGUUGAUGAAGGAAAAAAUUCUAAAAACCAAUGAGUUAAUUUUAGAGUCGACAAACAUUUCUAAUCUGAACGAACAGUUAAAAAAAGAAAUAUCUACUUUAAAAAGUGAAAAUCAAGAGACAAAGAAAAAGUAUAACAUUCAGUUGGAAAAGACUACACAACUUGAAUUAAAUAAAGAGCAGUAUGAAAAAACACUUAAAGAGUACAAAGCCACAAUAGAGAAACAACAGACUAAGUUGAAUGAAAAUGAUAAGCACAUAGUUCAGUUAAAAUGCAAAAUUAAGAAUGAGGAAGACAAAAAUAGAAACUUGCAACAUAUUAUUGAUAGCCCUAAAUCCAAGGUUACUAAAAAGAAGAGCAAACCCACAAAAAAUCAAGAAUGUCAAACUAUCGGUGGUAAAAAGCAAGAUUCUUCAGUUAACACAGAACCCAUUGAAUUGUGUCCAGUAAAGCCACAAACGAAAGAUUUUUCCGGAAGUGUGAAUUUUCUAAAAUGUUCCCCCAAAAAGCCACAAAUGAAGACUGCUUCAAUAAAUACUAAUCCUGCACACAUUAGUUCUGUAAAACCACUAGUUAAAGAUUUUACAGCAAACGUCAAUUUCACAUCACGUGUGCCUCAAAAACCAUUAAUGGUAGAUAAAAAUGAAUGUACUGAUGAGUGUAAAACAAUCAGUCAAGAACCAUUUCCAACUUUUUGUUCCAAAUGUAAAUCUCACAUUAGUCCUGCACCAGUUGAUCAAAUUCUCAAAAUCAUGACCACACCACCACCAGUACCGAUAACUUCUGUGCAGUCGCCACCAAGUUCACCAAAAUUCCGUGUACCAAAAAUAAAACCAGUUAAUAUGCAACAUGAAAGUAAAAAGAACGUUGAAAAGAUACCAUUUUUACCUGUAAAUAAUCUAUAUGCUAGUCAUAUGAAAAAAGUGGAAAAACAAGAAUGUUCUGCAAUCACAGAAGUAGAAAUAUUGACGAAGAAAAUGGUCAAGUUAGAAAAGAGUUUAAAAAAAAUGAAAAGGAAACGUAGGUCAGAUGAUUCUUCAAAUCAGAAUUGUUGUUCAAAAAAUAUUCAGUUUGUUGUACAGUACCCUGAUCAACAAAAUCGUAAGAAAUCGAAAGAUCAGAAACUUAAACCACUCAAAAGAUUAAACCAGAAAGUUAUUCGUAGUAAGAAAAAUGAUCGUUUGGUGGCAAACAAGUGGCAAGUUGAAAGCUGCUCCGAGCCUAAAAGAUUAAAAGUACUUCAUCCUAAAAAUAAAAUGCCUUCAAUAAAGAAAUUAACUAGUCAAAAUAGGAUUGCGCGUUUAUUUGAAUCUCCAGCACAUACUCCUUGUGUAAAUAAUAGUAGUAUCCUUUAUUCACCGGAAGAGUAUUCAUCUUCAUCAAACCUGUCCUCCCCUUCACUAGAUAAUGAAGACGAAAGCAAUAACUCGUUAGGAAAAUCUUUGAAUGGUAUAGAAAUAAGUAAUUCUGUAUUAUCUGAGACUGAAGUUCUUACACCUCCAACUAGUCAGAUAUCGCUGUACAAAUAUACUUAUCCAAAUAAUAUAGAAAAAGAAGUAGAUUUUGAAAAAAACGUUAUACCUGAAGAAAAAAGUUAUAGUUGUGAAAGUGAAGAUUUUUCGAGUAAAGAGUAUAGUGAAAAAAGUGAGCAGCAAGAGUCUACGAAUGGGCAAAGUAUUGGUGAAAGUAAUUCAAUCAUUAUGCUACCUAGUAAACAAAAUAAUUCCAUCACUAAUUUAGUCAAACAAAACAGUGUAGAAAAUAAGGGAGUUGAAGAUUCGAACAAAGACAAAAAGUAUGUGAUCAAUGAAAAAGCUAAGGAAGAUAGUUUUUCUGAUAUUCUAUCUUACCCGAUAAUAUUCGAGAACUCUGAAGUGAUUAACAAAAACCUUGAUGUUCAUAAUGUAGAAAUCAAAGAAAAAAAUGCAUUAAUCAAAAAAAGUUCAUCAGUUAUAGUAAACGAUACCGUGUCUCCGAAUACAAAUGAAGUAGUUCAUAGUGUACAAAAUGAGACAAUAGAGGAUAUUCAAAUGGAUGAAGACACAAAUGAUAAUACUUGUUCUGGUAAAAAAAUUGUUGAUGUUAAAAUUUUGCCUCAUCAAGUCUUUAAUCCAUCACCAAGUUGUAAAGUAAAUCAUGAAGUGCCUCAAAAUAUAAAUGAAUUAGUGAGCAGUGAACAAAAUGAUACAUUAAAUAAGACAACGGAGGAUAUUCAAAUGAAUGAACACACCAAUAACUACACUUCUAUGGAUGAGAAAAUAAUCGGCCCUGAAAUUCUGCCUCAAGAAGUCAUACAUUCAUUAUCAGGAUGUGAAGUAAAAGAUAAACUAUCUCAAGAUACAAAAGACUUGUUGAACAAUGACCCAAAACAUGAAUUAGAAGACGAGUCAACGGCCACUAUUCCGGAAAAAGAAUCCACAAAUCCUGUUGCAUGUGUAGAUAAACAAAUAAUAGAUUCUGAACUGUUACCUAAACAAGCUAUACAUACAUUAUCUGUGUGUAAAGUGAACGAUUCAAUGCCUCAAAGUACAAAAGAUUUAGUGAAAAAUAUUCUAAAUGACAUAUUAAAAAAUGAGUUAACAGAAUACAUUUCAACGAAAAAUCUUGAAAGUGAUACGUGUGUAGAUAACGAAAUUAUUGAUUCUAAACUUUUGUCGGAAGAAACGGCACCUACAUCACCUGUGCACAAAGUAAAUGAUACAGCAUCUGAAAGUACAAGAGAUUUAGGGAACAACUUUCUCAAUGAUGCAUUACAAAAUGAGUCGAUAGAACAUAUUCCCGCAAAUGAGGCCACUAAUGAUGUUACUAGUGUAGAUAACCAAAUAAUUGACCCUGCAAUUUCAUCAGAAGAAGCUGUUCAUGCAUCACCUUUUAGUAACGUACCUGAUGUAGUAUCACAAAAUGAUAAAAAUGGUGAAUUAAACAAUGAGUUGAUAAAAGAUUCAUUUAAUGAAAAUACCUAUGAUGAUGGUUGUUUGAAUAAAAAAGCUGAUGCUAAAAUUUUGCUGAAAGAAACUGUAGGUGGAUUACCUGUCGAUGAAGUUGAUAAUACGAUCUCUCAAAAUACAGAUGAUAUAGAGCACGUUGUUCCAAAUGUUCAGUUAAACAAUGAGUUAAUAGAGAAUAUUAAAACGAACGAGCACGCAAACGACAAUAAUAUUGUAGAUGAACAAGUCGAUGCUACAAUUUUGCCAGAAGAAGCUGUACAUGCUGUAUUACCUGUAUUAAGUAAUACGAGUCUCAGCCAGUCUUUAGAAGAUAUUAAAAGUAAUGACAGCGUGUUGCCAAGUACUCCAAUUAGUUCGGACAUUCCCAUAACACCGAAAAAGGCAUUUACUACACCUGAAUGCAGUAAAUCUUUUCAACCUGAAACUUUAUUAACGGAAAAUGGUAUUGCAAAAAAUAAAAAAGAUGUUUCAACAGAGGAUACUGAUAUUUCUAGAUCUAUAGGAGAUAAUUUGUGUUUGACACAAUCCAAAAAGAGUCCUAAUAACGAAGAAGACAUCUGUGCGCCUGAAAAAUCAACUGCAGCUAGGAUUUCACGGUACCCAUCCAAAAAAAUUUCUAAUACGCCCAGAAUUCCUUACCUAAUGCCUGAACCUAGAACAAGAGUGCGUAUCAGAGGCAAGAAAAUAGAGAUUACAAAACCUGAAAAUAUAGACUGGGACGGUGAUUUUUCUCAACAUUUGGGCACCAGUGAAUUUUCUCUAAUUAACAAUCAACAAAGUUGUAAACUUAAGAAUAUAUCUCGAAAUAAAUCUAAUCUUGAAGUUUUUGUUAUACCGGAAAAUGCAUUUGAUAAGAUAGAUAACUCAUCAGCACUUACGGAAACACCUAGAGAUGAUGAAGAGGUCAUGAAAGAAAACGACUUGAGCUUUGAAGAACUAGAUUUCAAGAUCCACUCGUUAACAAUGGCCACGAUUAAAGUUGAAGAACGUGAUUCAAUGACACCCUAUCCUUGGAAUGAUAUGGGGGACAAUAAUUUUGUUAAUGAUGAAGAAAGUCAUUUAAUUCCAAUAGAAACUAGUCACCCGGAAAAAAUGGUAGAAAAAAGUAUAUGUGAAGUCGAAGCAAGCAGUCCCGUUAAAGAAAAUGAAAAAGUUUCUGCAGUAUUGACACCUUCUGACAUAAGUAACACCAAUUUAUAUUUAGUUGAAGACGAAGAUUCUCCAGAAAAAGAAUUUGACGAAACACCUGAAUCUGAUUCAACAAAAUUUAGUUUACCCAAAGAAAUGAAAGCAGAGCAAGUUGAUGAAAUAUCAGAGGAAUCAUCUGAGUCAAGAAUAUCAUCAUCAUCAUCAUCGGGAAUUAAACGUAAAAAUCCUAGUAAGGCAGUGCAGCAAGAUGAAUCAUCUGAUGAGAUAUCAUGCAAAGGACCAGUGAAAAGAGGACGCAAGAAAAUCUCCGAAGGUGUUGCAUCGAAACCAAAAACUACGUCCAAAAUGAAGUUGCUAGCGAAAAUCAAAAGGUUGAAGAAAACUAGCAAGGCGCCACCAAACGCUCCAAACAUCAGAUCCGAGCCUUUGUUGAUGAAAAUCAAAACCGAGCCAGCUGAACCUAUCACCGAUCCCGACGAAAUCAGCAACGAAACUGAUAUUUCUCACAAAUCGCCCAAGUCAAGGAAAAAAUCAAACAGUAGUGCUGAGUCCGCAUUAACAAGUCAGUUGGAUGAUAGUGUGUCGGAAAUUGUUCCUGCAAAGAAACAACGAAUUGCACACAGGCCGAAAAAUCACAAUGCAGGAUCUCAACCCAUCGAACCCAAGAAUCGAUGGAGCAAGAAAAUUACAUCAUCUAAAAAUACUAAAGACACGUCUUCAGAAGAAGCAAAUGAGGUCGAUAAGUUUUCUACACUGUUGGAAGAUUACGAAAAGACUUGCAAGGAAAGAGCUGAAUUAUCGCGUUUACAAAAGCAAAGAAAUUCCAUCAACCCGUUCAAUACUCGUAGUUGUGCCCAUUCAUUUAAGAGUGGUUCAAAUUCUGUAUCACCUCCAAGCAAUAGUUCGUCAAUAGGUACAAACAACAUAAAGAUAGAACCUAGCUCCGACGAAAAUUUCAAUGACAAUAUGAAUGUAAUGGAUUUUUCUGCCAACGAUUCUGCUGUUAGGAAUAUUUCAUCUGUGAGUAACACUAUUCAAUCUCCUGAAUCUAAUAACCAAUCCACCAUUCAAAGCGCAAAUGAUAUCUCAACGCCUACUUCUCAAAGGACCCCUUUGGUGACUCCUUUAAGAGGAUUGAGGCGCCGUCAAGAAGUUACCCCUUUGAAAACCUUGAAUCUUAAUGCUAAAAAAUCCACAAAAAAUUUUACCAAACAGUUGAAGAAUCGAAACAACGUACCAUAUAUCAUAGAUGAAACCAACUCCUCUUUAGGUGACACGAGUAUAGUAUCGGUUUUAAAUGAAACAGUUUUUGUUUCAAAAAACUUUUCACCGUGGUCUCGCAAGCAACUUGAUAGCGCUAAAAAAAGUGAAAAAUUUAUUUAUGAACAACUUACGACUCUGAUGGAAACAAAUCCAUGGACAAUAGAAACUACGGAGCAAGUAUUAAACCAACUUACCGGCUCUAAAGACUCUAGAACACUUGCAUUGUACAUUGUUGAAUAUGCAACAAAAAAAAUUGACGACUUUGACGAAGACUUUAUCAGAGAGUUUACACCACCGGCUCUGCUUAUGAAAAUGUCAGAGCAAAAAAUUGUUGUUUUAGUAUGUAAAAUCGACAAGAAGGAUCCAGGAUUUGUUGAUGAAAUAUUGCAGGGAAUCCAGUUCAAACUAUUUAAUCGUGACAAAUUUUAUAUUUCUGAUGAUGUAUCCAAGCGGCUCUUUCGUAUUUUAAUUGCAUUAAACAAAAUCAGGCAGAAUAGAGAAAGCGUUAGGAUCGCAAUUUGUGACGCCAUUUAUUGCUUAAAUUUGCUAGCCCUGGAUCUUAUUGAUACUGCACUGUCGUCAUGGUCUGAAUUGAUUCCCGCAUAUAGCACCGAAAACGAUAUCAUAACAAAAACCAUAGUGCACAUAAUAAUGACCUAUAAGCCAAAUAAAUACUAUCCUAUGCUCAAAAGAGUGCGACAAUGGCUCACCACUGAUCAACAUGGCUAUCCAAAAGAUGGCUAUCAGGAUGAGAACUUAAUAACAGAACUGCUCACAGGCCUUAAAAACAAUACACAAGGUUUUCACACGGCAGUACUUUUAAUAUGCAAAAUGAGGGAUGAGACAAAUUUUUUGGAUAAGAUUGUAAAUGGAAUAAAAAAUAUUUUAUUAAGUCAAUCUGAUCGUUCCUCGACUUACAGAGAACUAACCUUACUCGGUAAUAUUUGCCGAUCUUUGAAUCCUGAAAAUAUAUCAGAUAUUGUUUCUAAAACCAUUGAUCAACUUUGCGAUGUUUUAUCAAACAAUGACGGAUCCGAUGAUUUAAAAGAUGGCAUAGUAUCUUGCCUAUCAAGUAUUACUAAGUUUAAGUAUGAAAAGAUUGCCUGGACUCUGAUGACGUGGCCAUCUAAAAAGGAACUUCGACCCGAUAUGAGAACCAAGUUAAUCGCGUUCUUUAACGAGCAUGAUUUCAAUUGGUGGUGGAAUUUUGUAAAAAAGAAAUUCCCUUUAGCAUUAAAAGUUUAAGUAUGAUUAGAUAGAGUAAUCGAUGUUAAUAAAACUUGAAAAAGUUUAUUUUCUUUAUGUACAUGAUCCAAACUGUUUUUAUAAAUAAAAAGGUAAAUUAAA